AAGGUGACUCUUAUGAUCCAGCUGGACCCUUUGGCCACUUUGCCACGUACAGCGUCGAGACGAGAGAUCGGGUCCGUUGUAUCAGUGCCGAAAGCGGAGUUCCUAUGUCUACUCAAUGGAAUGCGACGCCGUAUUACUAUCCGAUCCAGAUUGCGCAGUAUGGUUUGCAGCAUUACAGCAGGAUGUUAGUCAACAAAACGGAUCAGGAUUUGAUCGAAAAAGGCUUGGAAAGUGCGGAGUGGAAGGGAUCGCCGGACUCACAAGAUUCGAGCGAGCGCGUUUUCUACCAUGAUGAUGAAAAGGGUCCCUUGGUCAACAUCACAACCUCUGGAGAGCUAUCGAAUGCUGGUUGUUACGUGUUCUUGGACCAAUCGCCCCUGCACUACGUCAUUUCAUUCGAAUGGUUAUCUAUUCAAAAUGCAUCCUUUACCGUCCUUGUGCGAAUUAUUGAAACCGACAUGCUGGUGCUGCUCAACUAUGUUGCUCAGCAUGAUUCACGCUGCGUUUGGAAUGAUUCGGUGUCAUUCGCAGGUAGUGAACAGGUGUCAUUCUCGUUCUCACUCGGUAAACCGCGAAAAGACUGGCAGUCCACUACUAGAGAUAUCUUGGUGGAUACUUCGCGGGCGCUAUCAAGUAUGAAUACAAGUAAAAAGAGGGACGGAAAUGUGAUACUCCAUCCAGGAGAUAUUAAGUUAGUGUCAGUCGGCUUUCGAGGUGCUGUAAUUGUCAAGCAGAGAAUUGUACAAUCUCGGAAUGCUCAUUUCAAAUUCUUCUUAACGGCGGCCGAUUGGUUAGCUUCAAAUCAAGAUGAUGAGGCCUAG